AAUGCGGCGCUUUCUAACAAGAUGGCGGAUUUUAGCGUCAGGGUACUAGCCAAGUUUCCAUACUGUAUGUAUACUGUGUUUUAGGUUCAAAACGAUUGAUCGUUGUCUGUCUCCUACUCCGCUCGUAAAUGCUAAUUUGCAGAUGAUUCUACAAUCACAAAUCAACUGAAUACAUAACUCUUCAUCAUGGAAAGCGUAAGUGGUUAUCGAGAAGUCAUACCGGAUCAAACAAAACCAGAAAAAUGGAAAGAGUUUACAUUAAAUACAGGUGGAACACCGAGCACGCUGCAGGAUAUAAAGGUGCAACAGAGAGCUGGAGGCUACACUUACAGAACUUGUCCGAGCCGAUUCAUUUUCUGGCGUACAAACCAUGAUGUGUUGGAACUGGUCGAGGAAAGCCUAGGCGUCAACUUGGCUUGGAACCACAUCAAAUAUCGCUUCAAGGACACGCCGAUUCUUGACGGUGUCACUAUUCAUGAGACCUACAACAGUGUGAUUGUCCUCGUUUGCACGGUAUCCAGUGCUCACCGUCUCGUAUUCCCUCAUCCCGACAAACUAACCAGUCAGGGUGCAGUUCCUGAAGCAAACAUUGCUUCUGUUUUCUCUGAAGCCACAUUGAGCGCUGCACGAGAUCCUACCACUUAUCAUAUUUUGACUUCAUCUCCAAAUCUUCCUCAUACAAGUGCAUCAUGUCUUACGAAAAACGGAGACGCAUUGUUUGCGCUAGCACUUGGCACUGGAAUGAUAUUGCUGGUACAUUUGGAGCCAUUGAGUGGCGUGGUCACCUGCAAAGAACUCUUCCAGGACACAAGGGUUCCACGUUUCUUAUCCGGAUUCAGCGAUGCUCUCCUUGGUCGUCACGCAGAGGACAGUGUGGCAGUUAGUAUGGUGCUGCAGAGCAUCAACAAAACAGUCUACCUGUUCGGAGUGUGCAGAGAUGGACAACUCAGAGUGUGGAACUGCGAUAAAGGCAAUUUCGUCAUUGCUCACGAUGUAUCCAAUGGCGCUGCUAAAUACGCUCAAGGAGGCCAGAACCAUUGUAUACGAAAGGCGCUGGGGCCUCAAGGUGAGCUGUACCUGUGCGUCUUCCUGGGCUUCACCAAUAGCAGCAAACUGGUCGUUGUCAGUCCGAAAUUCGAGACCGGCAUUUUCAAAUUCUGUCACGUCACCACUGUCAAUGUUCCAGAAGGUCACGACCUGGUGGAGUUGUGGCUGGGGAACGGGACGAUGGGGGGUCAAGGCGGAGGAGUGUGGUGCAUCUGGAUGAGUGCUCAGGGCGAGUGGGCACUGAGUCAUAUGUCCCUCCCCGCAACAGAGUGGAUAUGGACACAGGUGCAGCCCGCACCUCCCCUCCAGCGGCACCUUUCCCCCGCCCUCGACCCGCGCCAAGCCUAUCUGCAGGCCAUAUUCGAGCCGGGGCUUUUCUCAUACAACGAUAUCAGUCGCGCCUUAAGUAUAUACAAGCGUUCAAGCUCAAGCAGUGGAUCCAGUGAGAACGAAAUAGCUCCGGGUGAUUUGAAGCAAAGUGUCUGUUUGGCUGUUGAAGCUGAAAUACAAGUAGAGGUGUCUGAGUACGAGCUCACUGAUGAUGAAUAUCUAGAUGUGGCUGACAGAUGCUGGUCGAGACUGUACUCGUGCUGCGUGCAGUACCUGCAGACGGGCACCGCGGCGCUGGGUCUGUUCUGGCUGCCUGCCACCAACUGCAUCGCCAUUGUCAAGAAGACCGGCUUCUCGCUGCUCCGUCCCAUGGACCCCCUCGAAGCGCUCUACCUCAAGCACACCAAUCACACCACUGAAACUUGUGGUUAUUUAAUGAAGGCUCUGAAGGAAUUGGAUGACACCCCUGAAAUGAGCGCCAAGCUUGAAGCAGCGUUGGAUAGUAAUACUUCUGUAGAAAAAGCUGUUGAGCAAAUUGCUGCAGAAAUCAGAGCUGAACAGAAAUCUUUCUUGCAAGCAUUGCAUGAGUUUGAGAACUCUUCGAAUAUAGAAGAGGAUGUUAGAACCCUUACAGACAUGCUCCAACUUGUGAUCAAUGAUUGUGAGAAAGGUGACUGCGAUGAGAAUAUUUUUACUAGUGACUUAGGUGUUAGUGCAGUUAUUACUACCUUGCAACAGUUAACUGAUCUAAGAUUUGACCUUUGCAAGAAACUGGUGUUGCUGAUUGAAGUGUCGAACAGUGACGAGCUGAAAGCCAACUGGUCGGAGAGUGCAGUGGAGCUGUGCAAACGGCUGUGGACGUUGAAGUGGGUCAGCCAGGCACAAUUCUCGCCCGGCGAGGGAAACAUCAACCUGCUCUUCAACUCGCACACACCCGCACUCUUGCUGCACAGAUUCCUAAUCUCGCAUCAGCUGUUGACUUACUCAGACCUGCUCAGCUCAGCGGCGGCCGUUUCCGAAGCAGUAUGGCUUGAGUCAACCUGCAAAGUUAUGGCGGAAUUUUUACUGAACUCUCAACAGUACCUUCUAUUACAGCAACUAGCGCAUCAUGUUCCACACUCGUCUUGGAAUUUGAUUCUUGCUCAAGCUUUCUUGGAAAUGGGUGAACCUCAUAAAGCUUAUGACUUGGCUGCUAAUGAAACUGAGGAUUACUUCAAGGUUAUACAAAUGUUCGAGAGACACGACCUACCUCACUAUGUAAUUGACUUGGCGAAAAAUGCUACUGAAACUAUAGAAGUUGAUCCAGAUUCACCUGACUUGGCAACGCUUCAUUCGAUACUUUUCCUGCAUCAUCUGAAGUUGGGGCACUGGGAGAGUGCCUAUCACAGCAUGGAGACCAACCCCGAACUAACGAGGCGAGUCAACUGUCUCGGACAGCUAGUUACCGAACUAGUCAACACAAGAAACAUUAAAACUCUAUUAGAGUUUCCCUAUUGCGGCCUGCUCACCAAGUUAGAAACUUUUCUCGAGACUCGCGCUCGUUCACUGGAUAUCUCCGAGGCUGCGCUAUACUAUAACACACUUUUUGCCUUGUACACCAAACAUGAGAAUUUUAAGAGAGCCGCAAGGGUGAUGUACGAGCAUGGCCUUAGAUCGGAAAACACGAGAGCCCAGUGUCAGUGCUACGGCGCUUGCCUGAAUGCUCUACAACUAGUUAGUUCCGAUAAUGCUUGGAUUGUUAAACCUUCUUCAGAUCCAGAAGAUGAUAUUGAAGUACUGGAACUGAAAGACAUACGCCGUGAGUAUGAACUUUCGAAGGCCAGAUGCUUACUCAAAGACUGUUCUCCAGACUCAUUGCCAGCAGAAGUUGUUGUUAGGUGUGUGGCAGAGGGCUUCUACAAAAUGGCAUUGCAACUGUGUCAUCUUUUCCAUCUGGGAUACGAACAACCUCUCGAAGCUCUAGCCACCGCUUGUAUCACUAUUGCAAACCACGAUAAACCUUGGGAUUGGCUGCUUCAAAACGAAAUUUCUGAUGUAGUGGUAGGGGACGCGAGUGCAGGUGCGGUGGCGUGGCGCCUGCUGGAGCAGCUUCUGUUCCAGUACGAGCAGGAAGGCCUCACGUCGCUCCAUCAGGUGGUUGCCAGCAACAUUAUGUCGCACUCCGCCUUCCUCCCGCACUGGCUUCACGCAUCUUACAAGAGACGAAAUCCAGGAGAGCUAAUCCGGCUGUACAUUCGCUACGGUAAUCUGCAAGAAGCGAGCGAACUGAGCGAGUUGCUGUUGAAAGCGACUCUGGGAGUUGGCAAGGAGCAUUUCAACCUGAAGAACUCGCUGCUGUCCACUGCUCCCGGGCUCUGGCUGCCGCUCAACACCAUCGAUAGUCUCAUUUCAGAGCUGCACCAUCAACCUUCUAUGCUACAAGAGAUGAAGGACUUGAUGGCAGCCACAGAUAAAUUCUUGGAAACAGCCUCUCGAGUUUCAAACGACAAAAUUGCAGCUGUUUAUACUCAUUAGGAUUGAUGCUUCGGAUUUAUUUUCAGCUUAUGAGAGAAUGGUUGCUUGAAAUUGUGUUCAACGAAUGUUUUUAUACUGUUGUCUUACGUGCAAGACGCUCACAUAGGCGUUUUUAAUUUAAAUAAAUAAACAAAUUCUUCAUACUUUCAUAAA